GUCUCGCAUACACAUUCCCAGCCACAGGCGCCGCCUCCUAAAGCCCUAAACCCAUCUCGCCUCCUCUCCUCUGCCGCCGCGACGCAAUGGCCGCCGCCGCAGUGCUCCGGAGCGUCGGCUCCCGCCGCCACUUCUCCUACCCCAUCCUCCGUGCCUCCGCGAUCUCGGCACCCGCGGUGCUCCCGGAUGCACCGGCGGCGGCGGCCGCGCCGACUCAGCCGCCGCCGCUGGCUGGGAGCCUCUGGGCGAGGUCCAUGGCCACCUUCACCCGCACGAAGCCUCAUGUGAAUGUCGGCACCAUUGGGCACGUCGAUCACGGCAAAACCACUCUCACUGCUGCAAUUACUAAGGUUCUAGCCGAGGCUGGAAAAGCCAAAGCUGUUGCUUUUGAUGAGAUCGACAAGGCUCCGGAGGAGAAAGCGAGAGGAAUCACCAUUGCUACGGCUCAUGUGGAGUAUGAGACCACUAAAAGGCAUUAUGCUCAUGUGGAUUGUCCAGGACACGCUGAUUAUGUCAAGAACAUGAUCACAGGAGCUGCUCAAAUGGAUGGUGGUAUUCUUGUCGUGUCAGCCCCUGAUGGCCCGAUGCCACAAACGAAGGAGCAUAUUCUUCUAGCCCGACAGGUUGGCGUGCCAUCACUUGUAUGUUUCUUAAACAAAGUUGAUGCUGUUGAUGAUCCAGAGCUACUAGAGCUUGUAGAGAUGGAGCUUCGUGAGCUCCUCAGUUUCUACAAGUUUCCUGGUGACGAGAUUCCGAUCAUCCGUGGAUCGGCCUUGUCAGCCUUGCAGGGUACCAAUGAUGAGAUUGGAAAGAAUGCCAUUUUGAAACUAAUGGAUGCAGUUGAUGAGUACAUCCCUGAUCCAGUGAGGCAGCUUGAUAAGCCUUUCUUGAUGCCAAUAGAAGAUGUUUUCUCUAUCCAGGGCCGUGGCACUGUUGUGACUGGCCGUGUUGAACAGGGGACAAUUAAAACUGGUGAAGAUGUUGAGAUCUUAGGUUUGACGCAGAGUGGUCCCUUGAAGACUACGGUUACUGGUGUUGAGAUGUUCAAAAAGAUAUUGGACCAUGGAGAGGCUGGUGAUAAUGUCGGUCUUCUUCUUCGUGGUCUUAAGCGUGGUGAUGUAGAGCGUGGCCAGGUGGUGUGCAAACCUGGUAGUCUGAAGACAUACAAAAGGUUUGAGGCAGAAAUAUACGUCCUUACCAAGGAUGAAGGUGGUCGGCACACUGCCUUCUUCUCAAAUUACAGUCCACAGUUCUACUUCAGGACUGCUGAUAUCACUGGAAAGGUUGAGUUGCCUGGAGAAGUAAAGAUGGUCAUGCCCGGUGACAAUGUAACUGCAGUUUUUGAGUUGAUAUCACCUGUUCCACUUGAACCAGGGCAAAGAUUUGCGCUGAGGGAAGGAGGCAGAACUGUUGGUGCUGGAGUUGUCUCCAAAGUUCUGAGCUAAUCUGUUACCAUUUUUUCCCGUAGCAAUUUAGUAAAGAAAUGAAUGUUGAUAUUUUUCCGACUGGGCUAGAAACGAGAGCAAAGAGUGAAGGAACCGGUAUGCAUUUUUCUUAGAAUGCAUGAGCGAAGGCAGGGCUGGCUGGUCUGGCCACCGUUCUGAACAAUCUUUUGUUUCCGUGUUGAGUUGGUGCUGUAUAACACUGCAGUUAGUUACAUUAACACGGGCAUAACUCAGUGAUUGAAUAAGACAGUAUCAUCAGCAGCAUAUUUUAUGAUUCA